AUGGCGCGUUUUGGGAAGAGGAGUUACUACGUAAAGAUUAACUUGCAUGUGGUUGAAAUGUAUAUUUGCGCAUGCCCUAAAUUCCUUGCACGGGAAGGAUUAUGUCCAAAAAGAAAACCAGGAGGACCGUUAAUGGAUGGUUCUGGCGUUCCAUAUGUACCGAUACCAAAGAAGUACGAAUCGCCGUUCUUCGAAGGAGACAUAGUAGUGAAGAAAGGACCAAGGGCCGCUCUGAAGGGUAGGCGAAAUAGACGUGCACUGACGCGGAGUCGGAAACUACUGUGGAAAAACGGGAACGUGCCUUACCAGGCACAUCGUGAUCUGAAUGAUGCCGCUAAGAUUGCUAUACAGCAGGCAAUUGCCCACUGGGAGAACAAAACAUGUUUGAAGUUUCAUAAGAAGUUAGACGAAGAUCACGACUACAUCCAUUUUGUUCCCGAUUAUGGGUGCUGGUCAUAUGUUGGUAGACAGGGCGGCAAACAAAGGUUAUCCGUUGGUAACGGGUGUGAACACAUGGGUACGGUGGCACAUGAAAUCGGACACGCAUUGGGAUUCUGGCACGAACAGAGUCGCCUUGACAGGGACAAGUACGUACACGUGGUUGACAGCAACGUCAUCCCCGGCGCCGAAGAAAAUUUCGGUCGUUUGGAAAAAGAAGAAACCAAGUCACGCAACUUUGCCUACGACUACAACAGCAUUAUGCACUACGGUACGACAUACUUCUCCAGGAAUGGGAAACCAACUCUAGAAGUGAAAAAACGUGGUAAAAAAUCGUGGGUUCAUCUGGGUCAACGAGUCGCCCUCAGUGAACUGGAUAUAGCACAGGCUAGAGAACUAUAUGGAUGCAAUAAACGACAGACACGACCAAAGUGCAUCCCCAGCGAGAACAACGACGGUCGUGAAUAUCGCGGCAACCUUGAUUACACGACUGAACUGAUCACUUGUCAGAAAUGGUCAUCGCAGUGGCCGCAUGAACAUAACUACUUCUCCAACGACACCGUGAAAGACUCGAAGCGUGGUAUAGGUGAUCACAACUACUGCCGAAACCCUGUCGGUCGACGAGCGAAACCGUGGUGCUUCACCACCAGAAAGGAUAUCAAAUGGCAAUAUUGUGACAUAAUUAUUUGCUAAUAUUUAUUUAUAAUAAUUUGAAAAUAGUGUGAUUUUAAGGAUAUACACAUUUAAAACCUUGUCAGUAAUUCUGUAUCCGUAUCCUACCGCUAUUGGAUGGAACAGCAGUGUAACCUCGAUUCAUUUGGCAGAAAGAAGUACAAGCACAACAGAUAAAAAGUAAAAUUAUGAAUCAUCUACAAAUUUCGGGAGUUACCAAUGAUACAUUCAG